UCUCCUCUCCUCUCUGCUCUGGAUUCCGGAAGCUGCGAGAGCGGCGGCUGACCUGUAACUGAAUCCAAACACGGAUCGACCUUCGGUACCGCGCAAGGUCUUGCCUCCUGAUUACGUAGUUUAUAUGCAGCAGGGAUAACAAAUCGUUUCAUCGGUUGGGCCGAGCAAAUCGUUCGUGGGGGCAUCGCAGAUUUUUGUACAGCGCCACGCCUCGAUCCGCGAUGGCCUUGCGGGUGUUGCUGAAGAAAUCAUACUCCCAGCUGGCCGGAUCUUUCUCGGAAGGCGGUGUUGCGUCUCUCAGUGAUGCUCUUAGUGGAGGUCUCCAUCCUAGACUGGCGAUCCCCAAUAACAAUGGGCUCCAUGGCUUUACAGCAAGGUACUUGAACACCUCUCCAUGUCCUCGUGAGCUUGUUACAAGAAGCUGCUCAAGGACUGGUGUGAACUCAGUAAACAUAAAUCACAUCAUGAAGCCAGCAUCUGUGCGUCCAGCUACAGGGGCUGGGCGAACUUUCUCUUCCAAGACGACCACCAGUGGCGAACCUUCAGUUGAAUCACAGAUUAAAGCGAAUGGAGACGCGUUUCGAAGGAAAAUAAGGAUUACUUCCAAUGCAUUUGUUGCUUUCGGCGUUCUAUAUUGUGGCACACUUAUCCAUAAACGUUUAGAUUAAAGAUUAAAGACGCUGGUGCCAGGGUUGUGGUGGAAGCGCUGAACCCUCGAACUCCUGAUAGAGCAGAGCAGGAUGGAGUCAUUAUAAAGGACAUCAAAGCGUAAAAUGGUGCUGGGUGUGCUUCUGCAUUGUAUAUAGAGAUGUGUAGUAGAGUUGCUCAUUAGUUGGCUCAAAUUGCUAGUAGGGAGUUGCAUUGUUAGUUCUUUAUGUCUACACGAUUGUGUUUUCUUUUGAGGGUACUCCUCUGUUAAACAGAGGGAGUACCCUUUAUAGUGUUAAUGCGGUUGUUCAGAUGGGUCAUAUGUCAACCUUUAUUUGUGUACCCAUAUUUAUAUUGGAUAUUCCCUCUGUUCACAAAAGAGUUAAACAUUUUAGAUUUGUGAAUGGAGGGAGCAUUUGUGAGCGGAAAGAGUUUUUUUAU